AUGAGUGACAAGAACACCCAACCGGCAAGGGGAGAAGCAGGUCAAGAAGCUAUAGUUUCUCCUCGGUUGAGCAUCGAUUCACGGUCGUCCUCUUCCCGAAGUUCGUCUCUGCGACGAGAGCCUGCUAAACUAUCUCAUCGCCAGAAUCUCGGUGACUCUCUCAGAGGCGUCCCGUCUUCACCUCGAGCCCGCCGGCAGCCCUCAUUUACACAGGCCGCCGUGCAGAGUCUGAUAGAUAAUCCGCCAUCGCAUGUCGCUGCUGACCCAGCAUUCUCUGGUCGAGAUUGGACGCAGAUUACAAUUGGCGAAUUAGUACAACCUGUGGAUCUAAAGUUUGUGGACGCAGACACGGCAAUCGAAGAUGCUACCAAUCUUCUAAUCGAGUCCAGUGUUCAUUCGUUACUUAUCCGAGAGUCCCCUGGCUCAUCAACUGCGGUCGGUACGUUCGGCUACGCUGACCUGAAUGCAUAUCUCCUCCUUGUCGUGGGCUUGAUUCAGCCAAGCCAUGAAGAGCAAGCGGCUUCUCUUCGGGAGUUGGCCAGGAGAGCAAGAGAAGGAGAGAAGAUCCCACUCAAGGACGUUAAGGGACUUGGGAUGCAAGAGCCUCUCACGACCCUACCGGAGUCUACCAACUUAAUGACGGCCGUGGAGACUUUUGGAGGAGGCGUCCACCGCAUUAUUGUUGUAAAAGAGGGCACUACGGAAGUGAUCGGAGUAUUCACCCAGUGGAAGCUCGUCAAGUUCUUGUGGGAGAAUGGCCGUAGUUUCCCUGUCGUUGAGCAAUUAUACCCUCAGCAUCUAAGGGAGCUGAGGCUAGGCUCACACUGCGUGAUUUCAAUCAACGGGGACCGGCCGCUUUGCCAUGCACUGGAACUGAUGAACAACGAAGGUGUUUCAUCUCUUGCAGUAGUUGAUAACCAAUGGAACGUUGUUGGAAAUAUUUCUGUUGUUGACGUCCAGCUUUUAACAAAAUCUACAUCACUCCCUCUGCUUCACAAUACCUGCAUCCACUUUAUCUCAGUCAUCCUGUCUACGCGGGGCAUAAUCGAGGGACAGGACUCCUUCCCAGUCUUCCAUAUUAACCCGCAAUCUACUCUUGCUCAUACUGUUGCUAAACUUGUUGCGACUCGUUCUCACAGAAUGUGGGUUACUGACCCCCACUCACCGGCCUCAUCUACACCAUCUACACCCUCACACUCUACGACAAAUAUUCCCCUUGGAUCAGCUCCCAAUCAUACCAGCAGCAUAGCUGGGCCCGCGGUGGCCAGUACAGGUGCUCAACUUCCUUCACCCUCAUCUGCCACCUUUGUCUCUGGAAACCACGGCAAUAAUACCCACCAGAACGGAAGCGCCCGUCCUCCCCAUAACCCCAUUUCGCCUUUCCAAUACCCACAAACACCAUCCUCGGCUCCCCUCUCUUCCUUCAAUUCAUCUCCUCCCUCUUUCACAGCAUCGGUAUCUACCUCGAUUCCGGCCUCGGCACUUCCAGGAGCUAGCUUAUCCGGUCGUCUCGUCGGAGUAGUCAGUUUGACCGACAUACUUAACCUCUAUGCAAGAGCUAGCGGUUUGUACCCCACGGACCCAAAUGCUAACCGUACGCGACGACGACGUAGUAGCAGCUCUAGUCUCAACUUUAGGAGAAGCGGAGAGCUGGCGAGGGAGUUAUGGAAUCGUCCGUAA